CUAUAAAUAUAUAUCCACCAUCAAAUUCAUGACACACAACGUUUGCAUCAAAGCUUGAAGAUUCUGAAUUUCAAUUCCCAAAUUCAUCAAAGAAAAUUUUCAGAGGAGUUAAAAACAUUCACAUAAAUCAAAACAAUGGCUUCUUGGUCUGCAGAAAACGCCAUCAAAGCCUAUCUCAGCACUUUGAAAAUGGAUCAAAAGGCUAUGGAACCAUCUGUUGCUGAAUUUAUAUCAGCAUUAGCAGCUGGAAACAAUGCACAGUUAAUGGUUGUUGCUUGUGCUGCUGCAGCUGAUUCAACUACACUUGCACUAAUUGCUGCUGCUAAUCAAACUAAUGGAAAUGUAAUAUGCAUUGUACCUAACAAUGAAGAUCUAAUAGCAUCCAAGAAUUUCCUAGGAUUAGCUGCUAAUCAAGUGAAGUUCAUGAUUGGAAAAGAAGCACAAGAAAUAGAUGUAUUAAACAAUGCUGAUUUUGUGGUAAUUGAUUGUAAUCUUGUGAACCAUGAAGAGAUUGUGAAAUUAGUACAAAUUGGUGAUGGUUAUAAGCAAAAUGGUAUAGUUGUUGUUGGUUACAAUGCUUUUGGUUGUAAAGCGUCAUGGAGAUCAUGUGGAUCCAAAACUCAAUUGCUUCCUAUUGGAGAAGGGUUGUUGGUGACAAGAUUUGGAGAAAACACUUGUAUUAGUCAUAAAUAUGGAUCUGGAAUGAGGAAGAGUGUUCGAAGUCGGUGGAUUGUGAAGGUUGAUAAAUGUACAGGUGAAGAACAUGUUUAUAGAGUCAGACCAUCACAAGGAGUGAUUUAGACAUUUAGUUAUAUGAUGAAUUUCGAUGUGAAAGGAAUCUGAAAUUUCCAUUGUCACAAGAUUGUGACUAUUGGAUAAAAAUAUGACGACUCGUGCUUCGGCUUUGAUGAUUCAAAUCGAGCGUUCAAAAUCCAGUUUUAGAACAGAAGUGUGGUUCAAUCUUGGGUUGAGACUUGGGAUCGAUAAUCGCGUUAUUGCAGAGAAAACAUAUCUUUCAAGUUGCAGCCACUACAAGAAAAUCUUGCAGCGAUAUUCUUUUAGUGAACUAGUGCUCCAUUUUAUUUUUUGGGACCACAGCAAAUAUUAAGUUUUGGUUAUAUUGUAAGGCAUCUAAGAGUUAGUUUUAUUUUAAAUGUACAAAGCAAACUAUAGAAAUAUAUAAACAUGCAAUUAUUAUAAA